CACCUCGCAAACAUUGCGUAUCAAUGCAGCAGCGUCGAUUCCCCCAUCUUCCAAAUUACCCUUUAGCUUUGCUUUACCUACAAGCUAUGUUCUUUUAUGGCAUAUUCAUUUUCCUUAUAUUUUCAAUAUGCCAUUGUGAGGAACCCUUCUUGCUUGCGUAUUGAGCGAUAUAGGCAAUAUGGAAGAACAGAUCGAUUCGGUGGGGAAAGCUUUCGUCGAUCAUUACUACCAUCUUUUCGAUAACGAUCGGGCGGCGAUGUCUUCCCUUUACCAGCCGACUUCCAUGUUGACGUUCGAGGGACAGAAAUUACAAGGGGUUGAGGACAUCAUUACUAAGCUUACGCAGUUGCCAUUCGAUCAAUGCCGACAUGUGAUCAGCACCGUCGAUUCGCAACCGGCUUCAGUUACCGGUGGCAUUGUUGUUUUCGUCAGUGGUAGUCUACAAUUGCCCGGCGAAAACCAUCCUCUACAGUUCAGCCAGUGCCUCCGUGGUGGACAUAUGGCCCAAGACAGAUGGGCCACAAAGUAUAAAGCAAUAGCCCCCAAUUGUAGUAAACUCAUAUUUGGACCGGUAGUCAAAAGGCAAGUGAAAUGGACUCUUAAACCGGGAGUAAAGCUUUUUCGAAUUUUUUAGUAAAGAUAUAUUAUCUUGAAAUUUUUACUUGGGUAUCAACAUUUUAUCACUCAACUCAACAGAUGUUGAUAGAAGUGUAAAUGAGAUAUUAAUAUUCACAAAUUAUUCAAGUUCGACUCAAAAGAAAGUUUAAAUUCAA